GUUGAUUCAUUCUCAGGUCAUUCCCAUGCCGAUAAUCGAACGGGACGCAUGUCUUGUGUUAAUAUAAUUAAAUAUAAUUUAUAUUUUGUUUUAAUUAACUUAUUGUGAAACCAAGGAAGUGUAGUAAAUCAUGGAAGCGUAUUUCUUCUUAGUAUUGAUCUGUCUUUUGACUGUUACAGUUAUAGGAUCAGCGCUCACAGACAUGGGUAAUGAGUGUAACAUGGCGGGCUUUUAUGCUGAGCUUGGCUGCACAGCGGUGCCUGGCGCGGCUGACAACAGCACUGUUUGUCCUGACGCCUACACCUGCCCUAAACUACAUCCAGAUCCUAGCAUGUGCUAUUAUAGAGGUGUCCCAUACAAGGACCGUUCAACGAUACCACAGGCAGAGGUAAAGAACCCUUGCUCGCUUGCCUGUCAGUGCAGCGUGUCCGGCAAGCCGAGUUUCGACUGCGCGGCCGUCGACUGUGUGGAGACAUUCGAUGACAUGCAGCAGGAAUGUAUCAAAACAUACGACUUGGAAUCGUGUUGUAGUACUGGGACAGUUUGCGGUAAAGACGCAGUGGCUGCACUAAAGACGUGCGAAGUAGACGGAAAGACUUACAGGGAAGGGGAGGCUUUCGAGCCCAAGAAUAGUCGUAAGACAUGCAUCUGUACCGCGCAAUGGAACGGCACAAUUGAUGACUCGGCGUCCUGCCGUGAUAUUAACUGCGGUUUAGAAAUACAUUACCAAGAUAAACUAUGCCAGAACUGCGCGCCUAUCUUUCUAGGAAGCGAUUCUGUUUGUCCCAUCGCUUUUACAUGUCCAACAAACAGAUCCAUAGUCAUUCGCGGAUUAAACUUGCGAGGUGUAAGUUCGCAGUGCGUAUUCUGGAAUAUGACUCUAUCGGUUGGUGAUGAGGUAACAGUUGACGAAGAAUGUACCAAAUGUACAUGUAAUGUACCACCUUUCGUAUCGUGUACUAAGAAGAUUGCCUGUAACGAAUAAUGUAGAUGCAAAGAAGAAUAAAGAGCAUUCAAAUUCAAAUUCAAAAAUCUUUAUUUCGGACAACAUAGAUCCAUAUUUGAUUAGUAAAUUACAAAAACUAAAAACUUAGAUGACUAGGGUUAGUAGAAAUAGUACUAGUGGAAAAUAUGUAUAAUUUACAUGUAUGAAACUCUAAUGCGUCAUGUAUAUAGGAGACAUCCCUUGCGGGAUCAUAGUCCGCACGAGAUGUCUCAGCACAGGCGCCUUAGGGUCGCUAGCUAUUGCUUUCAGGAUGCUGUUGUCACUCUCC